AUGACUGACAGCUCCUUAUUAUCUAUAUUUAGUGGAUUAUCUGCACCUGACGAAUCCAAUCUGAACUUAUCUUUCAAGGACUCUGUGGACCCACAACUUUACGGAUUAAAUGGAUCUGAACGCGAUUCAACGGCACCCCAUUACACAAGGUCGAUACUGAACUCUUCGGCUUCUGGAAAGAUGAUGUCAGGCGAUCCUUCAAACAGCUUGUCAGCCAGUUCUGGCUGUGGAACUGUUGCAAUGGCUGCCGUGCCUAUAAGCGCACUGGCGCCCAGCAAAAUCAACUUCCCCUUGGGUGACCUAGAAAAUAUUCCUAUCUUCAACUCCGGAGAUGGAGCUGCUCUCGAGUUGCAGGCUCUCCAGGGCAACGCACAAGCCCUCCAAGGAAUUCAAACAGUCAAGCUGACGCUCAUCAACUGUGGGGACCAGCAGACCAUCCUUCUUACCACCCCAUCCACCCAUUUCACAAUGCCGGAUCAAAAUCUAGAUGGAGUUACCCUCACUCUUCCCGAUAAUUUACUGGCAACUGAUUUUAAUCUCACUGGGCUACAGUCAUUCCAACUUGGUGACCUGCCCGUGAUGUCCGAUAAGUGUGGCGUCCCUGAUAAUGCUAAACUCACCUACUCUAAUAUGACAUCCCUGCCCCCCAUUUCCUCAGUUUCUGACAAACUUUACAAUCAACUCACGGAGGAUUCAGACUCCGUUCAGCCUUCACAUGGCUAUGCCAUUGAAGACCUUAAACCGGUGUUGCAACGAAACGGGGAGAAGUUGCAUGAUGACAAUGGAAAUUAUUCCCUUAGUGACCCUACUUCUGUUGCGCUCACUUCUCCCGUGGCAUCUCUGCCUCAAACGACUUUUGCGCAGAAUAUUCCUCCGAAACCGGGUAAAUUAAUGGAUUCAGUUGAUGAGUCUUCACUACCAAGGCAGGACAACACAGAUGCAGAUGCAAAUGAUCCGUCAUGCCCAGACGACAUGACCGAACUUAACACCAAGGAUUUAGCUCAGCGAAUAAGUGCUGAACUUAAGCGCUACACAAUACCGCAAGCCGUGUUUGCCCAGCGCGUGCUUUGCCGUAGUCAGGGUACUCUUUCGGAUCUGCUUCGUAACCCUAAACCCUGGAGUAAGCUUAAAUCUGGCCGUGAGACAUUCCGCCGCAUGUGGAACUGGUUAAACGAGCCGGAAUUCCAAAGGAUGUCUGCCCUUCGCCUAGCAACAUGCAAGCGGAAAACGGAGGAGAACCAGAAACCCAUCGAGGAACGUUCAACAAAAAAGCCGCGCCUGGUUUUCACGGAUAUUCAGAGGCGCACUCUGCACGCCAUCUUCAAGGAAACGAAAAGACCUAGCAAAGAGAUGCAAGCCACCAUUGCUCAGCAGCUAAAUUUGGAAGUUUCUACCGUUGCAAACUUCUUCAUGAAUGCUCGCCGCCGUUCUUUGGAUAAGUGGGUGGACGAUAAGGACGUACAACAUACAGUGUCUACAUCGUCGCCGGCCACUAGUAUUGAAACAUCACCCCCGAAUCACACGACUCACGUUUCCUCUCAUCUAGGUGACCACUGCUCGCUACAGCCGGUUCAUGCUGCUUUACCCACUUCCCAAAUGUCGGAAGUAUCAGAUUCUAUCCUUCAUCGGAUACCUGGCUGUCACACUGGUGUUCCGACAUCUUUGGAGUUGCCAUCUUCCCCCGCACCACCUCGCCUCACCCCUGAUCCAACUGUUUCUUUCAGUCAUGCAGAUGUAGACCUUAACACACUAUGUGCCGUUAGUGAAAACGAACAUACGUCACUGUCAAACGGCCUCCUGCUCUCCGGUGAUUCUGCUGCACUCCAAACACAACUACUUGGUCAUGUCCUCGUUGGUGGACAAAACGCCAUGUUGCUUUCUCACAAUCUGAGUCCCACUUCGGACAAAGCUCUCACCCAGCCAAUGUCUGCUCCAGGGCUUACUUGCAUGGCUUCGAAUCUAUCCAGCAUCAAAUCGGCUCUUGAUUCGCUUUCGGAUCCACCUACCCUGUCUCCAGCUCAUCCACACCAUCUAACACGAGUCUCGAUGGAUUCACUGCGUGAUACACACUCACUUCAACACAGUAUGACGGUGGGUUCUGUACCAGAUGCGGUGUGUACUGCCAAUCACGUUUUGCCUUCAGCCGCAACACUAAUCGGUCAUGAUCGACUUGGCCUUGAUAGUGUUGGUCACAUGUCCGGCUCCACUGUUUUGACUUCAUCACUGGGCUCCUCAGUUCCGAUACACCCGAAACAAGAAGAUCUAGGUUCGGGACUUCUGGGUGGCACCAGCGCACUCAACUAG